AUGGGUACCAUCUCGCACGUGAUCACUCUUCAUGGCCCUACAGCUUCUACACGUUGCUCCUAUGGCUACUCUCACUCCCACCCUCGUUUCAAAACAUUGAUACCUGCUAGAGUCGUCAAUAAAGUUCGCGUCUUUAACGAGCUUAAGAGCCAAAACUCCACUUCCAAGUCCACCUGCGCCAUUGAUUUCAAUGACUCUGAUUGGAAAACCAAGUUCAAAGAGGACUUUGAGGCACGUUUCAGACUCCCCCAUAUCACUGAUAUCUUCCCAGAUGCUGCUUCUAUGCCCUCUACGUUUUGUCUCAAAAUGAGGACAAGAGACUUUCCUGGCAAUUAUCCUUCGGAUGAGGGUUGGAAUGGAUAUGUUAAUGACAAUGACAGGGUGCUUCUUAAGACAAUAUCCUAUUCAUCAUCUACAUCUGCUGGCGCCCAGUGCAUGGAUCCUGGUUGUAAUUGGGUGGAACAAUGGGUUCGUCGAGCCGGACCUCGGGAAAAGAUAUAUUUUAAACCAGAAGAAGUAAAGGCCGCAAUUGUUACUUGUGGAGGGCUCUGCCCUGGUCUUAAUGAUGUCAUCAGACAGAUUGUGAUCACACUUGAAAUAUAUGGUGUAACAAAGAUUGUGGGUAUUCCUUAUGGUUAUCGUGGAUUUUCUGACGAAGAGUUGACAGAAGUUCCGUUGACAAGGAAAGUGGUUCAGAAUAUUCAUCUUUCAGGUGGAAGCCUAUUAGGAGUUUCACGUGGAGGACCUGGAGUCAGUGAAAUUGUGGACAGUUUGGAGGAAAGAGGGAUCAACAUGCUCUUUGUUUUGGGUGGAAAUGGCACACAUGCUGGUGCAAAUGCAAUUCACAACGAGUGCUGUAAAAGAAGGCUUAAGAUAUCUGUAAUUGGGGUGCCUAAAACUAUAGACAAUGAUAUUCUAUUGAUGGACAAAACUUUUGGCUUCGAUACUGCGGUUGAAGAAGCACAGAGAGCAAUAAAUUCUGCAUACAUUGAGGCACAUAGCGCAUAUCAUGGAAUUGGUAUUGUGAAAUUGAUGGGUCGUAACAGUGGAUUCAUAGCAAUGCAGGCUUCCUUAGCUAGUGGACAGAUUGACAUAUGUCUGAUUCCUGAGGUACCUUUCAAUUUACAUGGACAUCAUGGAGUUUUGAGUCAUCUCAAGUACCUUAUAGAAACAAAGGGAUCAGCUGUAGUCUGUACGGCAGAGGGAGCUGGGCAGAACUUACUUCAAAAGACUAAUGCUACUGAUGCUUCUGGGAAUAUUAUUUUUGGAGACAUCGGUGUAUAUAUCCAGCAAGAGACGAAAAAAUACUUCAAGGAAAUUGGUGUUCAUGCUGACGUAAAAUAUAUUGAUCCAACAUACAUGAUCCGUGCAUGUCGAGCAAAUGCUUCAGAUGGAAUUUUAUGCACUGUACUUGGACAAAAUGCUGUUCAUGGUGCAUUUGCAGGAUAUAGCGACAUUACAGUGGGCACAUGUAACACACACUAUGCUUACUUUCCCAUCCCCGAAGUUAUAUCGCAUCCCAAGUUGGUGGAUCCUAACAGUCGAAUGUGGCAUCGAUGCUUAACUUCAACAGGCCAACCUGACUUCAUCUGA